AUGCAGGUUGGAACUGCAACCUCUACAGCCAAUCCAACGUCCGAGUACAUAAAUAGUACUGGAACUUGGAUAACUUAUCUCCUGCUUAUUGCCGGCUUUCACCUCAUCCUUCUUUGUAUUCCAUUCCUUUCAGUUGCAUCAGUGUGGACACUUACCUGCACUUUGCACAAUGUCUUGACAUAUCUCAUAUUGCAUUGGGAGAAAGGCAGCCCCUACGAAACUCUGGACCAGGGUGAAGCUCGUGUUUUAACUCAGUGGGAGCAGUUUGACGAUGGAGAACAGUACUCACCCACCAAAAAGUUCCUUCUUGUUGUUCCUAUUAUCAUAUUCAUUCUUGCAAGUUUCUACACUCAAUACGAUCCAAUCCAUUUUGUAAUCAAUGCAUCAACUCUCAUUUUGCUGAGUAUUCUUCCAAAACUGCCACAAUUCUACCGCGUCCGUGUCUUUGGAAUCAAUCGGUGGUGA